UAGCCAAGGCAGCCACCCCACCAGGUUCUUCUCUUUCUUCUUUUCUUCACCGAUUCUUUCCUUUCUUCUCCUACUUCUCCGAUUCUUCUUCUUCUUCCUCUUUCUUCUUCUUCUUCACCAAUUCUUCUUCUUCUUCACCGAUUUGUUUGAUAACGGGGUAACCUGAGUCCGAAUGGUUGCUUCUGUAAUAAAUGAAUAACAAAGGCCCAUUAUAUUGACAGUUCUUCAACGUCGUUAUCUCCUUCAUUGUCUCCGGCGGCCCAUUAUUUGGUGGGAUUUUUUUUUCCAAAUGCUCUUGAGUGUGGCGGUAAGACGACCUAAUCCAGCAAUUGCCGCCGCCUUAUCCUCCCGUUUCUUACUCCGCCGCCGGGAGCAGCACGCUUUAUUGGAGGCGCAGCCGCUUGAGAAACCGAGCCUUCAAUCCUUAGUUCUCUCUCAAUACCAAAAUGCCAAAUUCCACGGCAUCCUCCAAAACGUCGUCGCUUCGCCCUCGGUCCUACUCACCGCUUGUAACAAUCUGCGGAGGCAUUUCCCGGACUCGCCGACGCUCACCUCCGGCUCCGUCUCGGCAAACUUCUUCUCCAUCGAGGAGCUCUCCUCUCAGCUCGCCACGAAUUCGCUGGACGUCGAAUCGUGCUGCGUUCAUCUCCAUCCACACUCGCCAACAGGUACGCCACUCGUAGUCCCCAAUCUGAAGCUCAAAGUUGUACUUGAAGCUUUUAGACUUGUACUCGAAGCCAUUUAUGAUGAUAGAUUCGUCACUUUUGCCUACGGCGGCCGCCCAAACCUUGGCCGCCACACCGCCGUGCGGUACUUGAAAAAUUCCAUAGAGAAUCCUACAUGGUUGUUCAGUGUUGCCUUUGAUAAUAAUGAAUUUUUCGGUUCUAAGCAAGUAGAGAAGCUCUGUUCCAUUCUAGGGGAGAAAAUUGAAGAUGAUGCAUUGCUAGAUUUGAUAAGAACAUUUUAUGUUUGUAGAGUUAUCUCCUUUGAUCUUAGCUGUCCAGUUUUCGGUCGAGGGCUACCACAAGAAUGCACCCUAACUUCCAUUCUGAUCAACAUCUACUUCCAUAGUUUCGACAAGGAGAUUCAAGAGUUUCGUCUAGAAAUGAAUAAAUCUAAUCCAAAGUUCCAUGAAAAUGAGCUUGUUCUUGAGGAUUCUAAUUCAGGCAGUGUCUUUUACAAGCCAUUGAAGAUAUAUGCUGUCCGGUAUUUGGAUGAGAUAUUGAUCAUGACAUCCGGAACAAAGACUUUUACGAUGGAUUUGAAGAACAGAAUAGUGAAGUUUCUUGAGCAGAUUUUGCAUUUGAAAGUCGACAGGCAGAGAACGGUCAUCCAUAGCGCUGUCUCGGAGAAGAUUUUGUUCAUGGGGAUGGAGCUCAGGGCUGUUGCGCCAUCUGUCAUCCGGCCUCCGAUGACAGAGAAGGCAAAAAGGGCGAGGAAGAAGUAUCUUAGGCAGAAGGAAGUGAGACUAAUGGAGUUGAAGAAUGCUCGGGAGAGAAACAGGAAGAAGCUCGGGAUGAAGCUAUUGAAGCAUGUCUUCAAGAAGCAAAAGCAAAGUAACGGCUUCAAGUUCAACUUUUCUAUAGAAAAUGAAGUGCGACAAAUCUUUAGGACAUGGGCCGACGAAGUGGUGACCGAGUAUUUGACAUCAGUGGAGGAUGAUAGAUGGGAGUGGCACCGGAAGUUGUCGUCGGGGGAUUUUCUUUCUCUACCGAGGAUCCGAGAUCAGCUCCCGCGAGAGCUUGUCGACGCGUACGACAACUUCCAACGUCAAGUUGACAAGUAUUUGAAGCCGACGAAAGCCAAAAAGGAGUUGGAGAGAGAAGCAAGGAUACGCGAAGAAGAAGAGGAGCAAAAAUAUGCACAAAAAACAAUUCAAGAUCUGGCGAGACGGUGUUUUAAGGUCGAUGCUCCUCUCGAUCUUAUCCGAAGGGCGAUUCGGUUGGUUGGAUUUACAAACCACAUGGGUCGUCCGAGGCCCCUCAGUUUUCUUACAGUUCUCGACGACGAAGAUAUUAUAAAGUGGUAUGCCGGGGUCGGGAGGAGGUUUCUCGAUUUCUUUUGCUGCUGCAACAACUUCCGGAAGGUUAAAAUCAUCGUUAGCUACCAUCUCCGAUUCUCAUGUAUAUUAACAUUAGCAGAAAAACACGAAGCCACCAAGCGAGAAACCAUGAGGCAUUUCACUAAGGAUCUUAAACUUUCCAGCGAUGAUGGAUCAGAGGUGAUUCUAUUUCCUUCGGAAAAGGAGGUCAAGAUGAUGGGAGAUAAAUGGCUUUCGGAUCCUAAGCCCGUUGACGGAGCUUUAUCAAUGGUGUUGAUCAGAUUAGCUUCGGACGAACCUUGUCAGCGCUGUGUUGCUCAUUUCUGUGACAGAACUGAUACUGUCUUUUACAGGAUUGAGUUACUACAGAGGUAUCUUAAUGUCGAUCCGUUAGAUGAGCAGCGUUGGGUUCCUUUGAUGGGCGCGAUUCAUGACAGUCUGCACCGGAAGUGCGCGCCCCUGUGCCCCGACCACAUUAGUGAACUAUAUUUAGGAAGAUUGUCUCUGCAGGAUAUCGACUGCGCUUCCUUGGACAACAUCGAUUGAUUGUUUU